UGAUUGUUAAAUUAACGAUCUUUAUCAAGUAGACAAGAGGGAUAGAAUGGCUACUAGAGAAGAAGUUGGCGAUCGCAAGCAAUCGGUUGCAGUGGUCGGAGGAGGGUUGGUAGGGUCGCUGCAAGCCUCACUGUUGGCUAAGAGAGGGUUUAGAGUUGAUCUAUACGAGUCAAGAGCCGAUAUUCGCAGGAUGGAGCAUGUCAGUGGAAAGAGCAUCAACCUUGCACUUAGUGUUCGUGGGAGAGAGGCGCUCAAAACUAUUAGACUGGAGAAGACUGUGUUGGAUAAAGCUAUCCCUAUGCACUCACGCAUGAUCCACUCACUAUCGGGAAAGAUGUCUGUACAACCGUACGGCAACAAGGAUCAGUGCAUCUACUCUGUGGACCGUCGUAAACUUAACGAGCAACUACUCACCGAGGCAGAGGCCUAUCCGAAUGUUACAUUACACUUCAACCACAAACUAGUACGAGCCAAUCUCGACGAAAAGACUCUAGAAUUUUCGACCAAUGACGAAACAAGUACCGUGGAUACAGAUUUUCUCUUUGGAUGUGAUGGAGCGUACUCGACUGUGAGGAGACAGAUGAUGCGAUGGGGACGACUGAACUAUGAACAGGAGUAUAUUGAGCAUGGCUACAAGGAGUUAACGAUGCCCCCCAACACUAACGGGGACUUUGCCUUACCCCCCAACCAUCUUCACAUAUGGCCAAGACACGAGUUCAUGAUGAUAGCCCUCCCCAAUACGGAUCAAUCAUUCACUGUCACCCUCUUUAUGCCCUUUUCCACCUUUGAGGCCAUUGAAACAGAAGAAGAUCUACUAGCAUUCUUUGUGAAGCAUUUCCCUGACUCACUAGACAAACUAGGAGUGGAGAAUUUGGUGAAUGAGUUCUUCCACAAUCCCACAGGUCGACUUAUCUCUGUUAAGUGUUACCCUCACUUUUUGGCUGGCUCCUCUGUGCUACUUGGAGAUGCUGCUCACGCUGUGGUACCGUUCUAUGGUCAAGGAAUGAACGCUGGAUUUGAGGACUGUCUUAUUUUCUACGAGAGUUUGUUGUCAGUGGGCGAUGAUAUUAUCAAGGCUGCAGAGAAGUAUUCUAGAACUCAUUGGAGGGACUGUCACGCCAUUGCUGAACUGUCAAAGUACAACUACCUUGAGAUGAGGUCUCACGUUAACAGUCGAUUGUUCCUGCUCUUCAAGUACAUCGACAAGUUGCUCCACUACUUGUUACCGAAUGUGUACAUACCUCUCUACACGAUGGUGGCCUUCACGCGGAUCCCUUAUCAUCAAGUGGUGCUUAGGAGUGCUCGACAACGGAAGAUCGUCAAGAUUACCCUACAGACUGGAGGGGUGGUGUUGCUAGUGGCUCUGGGGUGUGUGCUCUUUGAGAGGUCUGGUGCGUACUUGUCUUUGCGAUAUCGUAUCCUGCCCUGUGUUGUCGGGUGUGUGCUGAAGGACUUCCACAAAAGAUUAGUCGAUUAACAAUUUACAUGUUGUAAUUUGUAAUGCAUCGAUUAUCGAUCUAUUUUGUAUGUAUUAUGUUGCAUGUAUAUAAUCAUUAAAGAGAUUUUGUGAAUCCUAAUUAUAAUUAUGCCUCUAUUACACUAGGAACAGCA